UCUAGCUACUACUGAUUUAGUUACGACUACUACUACGCUUGUCAGUUCCCUCCAUUGCUUCAUCGACUCAUUCAAAUCAAAGGAGUAAACCAUAGAAUGAGCAGAAAUCGUUCGCGAAUCCCGCGGAGACGGUACACGUGGCCAAAGGCAGCGGUAGUGAUGACGGUAAUGGGUUGGGGACUCUUGCUCCUCGUAUGCACCGAAGCGGCCCAGUCGUCGUCGUCUCCUUCGGGCACCAACACUACCCGUAGUCGGAGUACGGCUACCGGUACUACCGACGAAUCGUCCACGAGCGUUACGCGGGUGGGGAAUCUGGAUUAUCUCGACGCCGCCACCAUGGCGUACUACUUGGAUGCCCCGCGGUGGACCGCCGAUCAUCCGGAACACGACGUCGUCGUUCUCUUUUACGCACAGUGGUGUCGCAACUGUCACGCCUUUGCCCCUCUGUACGAUCAAAUGUCGAAAUUACUACACGCCGGUACCAAAGAUUCGCAACUAGUAAUGGGAUUGUUCGAUUGUGAACAGGACAAGGCGCAUUCUCGAGUUUGCAGUGACGCUGGCGUUACACACUAUCCCACCAUCAUGUUCCUCUCCUCCAGCGGACAAGUCCUCCAACGCGGACGACGGUCUCCGAAAGUCCCACUGCCCAAACACAUCACCACCUUUCGUGGUAAUUGGCAGUACGGCGACGCCGUCAUGGAUUGGAUCAAGACACUGCGAGGGUUGAGUCACUGGCAUCGCGCUGGAUGGGGGAAAACGCUCCGGAAUCUUCUCUUUGGACGACGCCACCGUGAUCCCGCCCGCGAACGACUCCCCACCGGAAUUCCGUCGGGUACAAACCGGCGGGACGGAACCACGACGGCCGGGAACGGGGCCACCCACGCCUCGCACGAACAACAAGAAUUGCGAGACGAAAUCCGAUCCUUGUCCGAUCUCGUCAUUCGCUCCAGUACCAUUGUGGACGCCCUAUUGUUCCCCGUCACCGCUGCCGCAAACAAGACUCUAUCCACCAAUGUGAUACGCGACGAAAACGCCAAGAACUACACCGACGUCUUUGCCUUUUUGCGAGACGCCUGGCACAGCAACCGCACCUCCCACCAAGUAAUACGAACCUGUGCCAUGGAAGUGGCGUUAGACUACUGUGGACGCUUGAAUACGCACGUGACGGAGGAUUGGUUGACGGCAUUUCCCUCCAUCGACCGCAUUACGGAAGCCGAUUUGAAUCUGUUCCGGAACGAAUUACCGAAACUUGUGGCCAAGCAGGAACCCUACUGUGCGGUAGUGGAAGACUGCAUCGUUGGUGAUUUUGCCGAAGAGCAUUGUCGCCCCGCUGCUUGUCCCUUUGUCGAUCCCGCCGCGUGCCGGUAUCUGACGUGCUGUCUCACCGAGCAAGUCUACGAAGAAUACGCCGUGGCCAUGGAUUUGGUUGAAAACGUCACGGCGGGCACUUCCGCAAACAUUGACGCAGCCGACAAAGAUACGCC